AUGUUUUCGGCAUCAAAUUUCUUGAACACCGUCGAGUCACCAGGUAUCAAGUGCUUGCUUGGAAUUACUCAGACGGAGUGUCGGGCCACUCGAGCACUCGUCAACGCUGCUGUUCACACGUAUGAUGCUGCUACCACCGCGGGCAGUGGUUAUUUGUUCUACUUCAGGGCGUCGGUAUCCGACACGGACACGUUCCCAAGGAGUGAAAAUGGAUCCAAUUCUCCCGAUAUACAGCCCCUUGGACAUCAAGCUCAGGCUGCCAACGUGGGCUCUAUUCUUGGAGUAGCAAACUACACUGUCCGCAUCAGUGAUCAAGAGUCGAUUGUACUGGACCAGGGAAUGUCCAAGUACAUGUAUCUUCGCGGUACGACCAUCCAGAGCACGUCAGGCCAGACUCACCGUCUUGCAAUUGUAUAUGCGUUCCUCCUUUAUCCAUCCAUCUACGAGCAGGACUCCAUUCUUGACUACGACUCGAACGGAGACCCCACAAGGCCCGGGUUCCAACUAUCUAACACUCUUGUGGUAGCACAGCCCGUGGUUAUCCAGACGUCGUUCAAUUGCGUCAAUCUGCCCCCGCUCCCUGCCGGGAGCGUUCACUUCUGUCUUAUUACUGAGUGUAUGCUGGACGGGUUAGACCCAUCUACAGAGGAUGGAAAUGAACGCGACGACCAUGAGCGCGACGACCAUGAGAUUGACAGCGCUAUUGCCUCUGCUACGGUUGUAUUAGGACGACACGGUGAAUCCGAGACCAAAUCGGAAAAGGUUGUGGACGGCAUAGAGGAUGCAGCUCUCGCAGUCGCUGACCAGAAAAACAUCAUAACCGCUCUUUAUAAACCAGUCAAAGCCGCAUUUAACGACAGUGGCGCAAAACAGGCCCUUGAUAGUGCACUGACCAAUUUCGCUGAUAGUAUUCCCACACUCGUUAAAGCGCUAGAUGAGAUUGGGAAGAUUCAUCCGUUCAUUCAGGUUGCGGUCCUUGCAUUCAAAGCAGUGUAUACGCUGGAAAUGAAACGCCGUGAUAACGAUCAGAAAGUCAUAGUUCUUUUUGUAGAGAUGAGGGAUAUGAUCGCAGUGUUGCUUCAAUUGAAAGAUGUACGUGACGACAAAGUCGUAGGUGCUGACGGCGUAUCCAUCGAAGGUCGUCUUCAAGAUUUGGUCAAGAGAACUGCUGAUGAUAUCAAGAAAUGCGGUAAUACCUGCGAUGCUUAUUCGAAGAUGUCCGUAAUAGCGAAAGUCCUCAAGGGGCCAUUAUGGGACGGCGUGUUCGUCAAUUGGGUCAAGCUGUUCUCUCAACGGAGAUCUGAAUUCGAGUUUGCUCUUGCGGUGCAUAUGGCCCGCAAGAUAGACGAUAUUACCACAAAAAUGGAUGAUCUUUCCAAGAUGACGGAGACGAUCGUAAAUUUCCUCAAACAACAAUGUCCUCCAGAGCAAGAGGCACUGCGCGACGAGAUUGAAGAGAAGGGUGGGCGUGACGCUGCGCUCAAUAAUGAGCAGCUUUUGCAGGAGUUGCUUCGAUCACAACUGGGCUCCGACAGCAAUCAACCCGAUAAUGAUCGCAUCCAGCGCGAGCUCCAGGAUCCCACAAUCAUAAUUGAAGAAAACUUUCAAGCCUUUGAUCAUAAAUUUGAGAUGCAGCAGAAGCACAUCAUCGAAGAAGUUGGGAGGAUAGUACAUCGUGAAAACGACCGGGUCAUCGAAGUGCUUACCUCUGGACCACAUGAAAAGCUUGCUGAUACUGGCUUGCAGACUAUCUGGAAAGAAAUGGGAUGGAGAAGCAGCGUCGAGGCUCGUCGAUUCGUAUUGGCUCUCACCGACUAUUAUCAAGAAGGGGUGGGAAAGGACGGAGAAGAGAAAUCUUCACAAAUUAUAUCCAAAGAAGAUCCUGAUGCUUGGACACUCGAAUGGAUUACCAUGCAGCAGGCCCAAUCACUCGUUGAAGCCUUCGAUGAUGAUGCUUCGGGUUUCAUCACAGUGGCAGAGGCCAACACCUUUGCCAGAAUGCGGCCUGUGGAUUGGAGUUUUCCACGUUGGUUAGCGUAUUGGGCAAUAGGUUGGCAGAGUACGGCUACAAUUUACCGAAACAAGAUACACAAGAUGAUAGGACGAAUCUUUACGCUCAAGUCGUAUGUUCAUGAGAGUAAUCGCUUUUGGGUGGACCAGUAUCUGGAUCUGGUCUAUGGGACCGUUGUAUAUCUUACGGCAUCCUUUCAGGGAACAACCGUUCCUCGGAAAGUGCAGGGGCUUUUCUCUGAUUAUACGAACGGCGAAGAGGACCGCAUUCGCCGAAAUCUUGAGGAUGUUAAAUACGCAAUCACAGACUUGACUGUUCUUAACCUGAUCACGGGCCCAGGAAGGAUCGAGAGAUUCAUUUUCCCUUUGAUCUACUUGUUAAUGCGACGUGACCUCGCGAUCAUCAAGACAUGCCAAGCUGAGCGCAUCAACAGACGUAACCUCACAGAGUCUUGUAAUAAUUUCAACGUAAUCUUUAAAGCUGUGGAUGAUCGAGUGGAUACCUUGGAACGGUAUAUAGAGGUCUACAGGCGUCAGGACACAAGGCCACAUAAGCGUUUUAGACAGACGGCUUGCCAGCUUUACGACUACUACUAUAACUCGGGGAAGACUGCGACAGCUGAAGGCUUGUCGAAACUGUUUCUCCCGGCUAGACGGGACAAUUCAUAUCGUGCAGAAGACGAAGAUGAAGCCAUAGAAGUAGUUUUGAAGUAUUCUCUGGAGGACGAGACCCGAUUUGAUACCACCGGCUACUAUCCCCCUCCUAUCGAACCAGAAGCACCUGCGAAGGAAGGUGACUCGACGACUGUAGAUGAUCUACUGGGCUCCGUACUAGGACCUUGGACGGUCUUUUUCUACAACACUGUACGAUAUCCGUGUCGUCUACCAUUCUCUGUAAAUCUGCGUCCGUCAAAGCCUAGUGGUUUGAGUUUCGAAGACUCGGUAAUCCUGCCUGACACAGACGUUCCAGGAGGAGGAUUGAGUUGGGAACUUACCGGUGAAGUGACGACUGAUCUAGAUGGCUGUAUAUGUUGCACUGGGACCCUCAAGGCCUGGUCUAAAUCCGACCUCUACAUAACAGGGCAGUUGAACGAGAACAAGACUAUGAUUCACGGAACAUUCCGUGGAGAGUACACUGGGUGGAAAGGCAGUUUUUUCUUCUCCAGAAUGUCGCCUGAAAUACUCUCCUUCCGCCCCUCACCUGCAGAGAUGAGAGAGAACAAGACCCGCGCAUUGUGGCGUUUUGCAUGUUCCGCCAUCCGCCAACAAAUUUUACGAGAACGAUACGCUUGGUCGUUUUUCAAGAAGCGCAGGGAUACACGGCAACGCUACAUCGAACUGACGUUCAGGACAUCGUACGGCCGUGGAUUGAACGCCGACGAGAGAGAGGAGCUCUGCAACAUAGCCCGUAUCAUCAGCCCGUCAGAUGGCCGUUACUACUACUCCAUUAUGGUGCAUCAGGAGCAAGUUGUGUGCGUCCAUAUAGGUACGGGAUGCCGCUGCUGCGUGGGUAGCAACGAGAUUAGAGGAGCUAGAACGGUUUGCCUCGACUGCGGAAAUGUCGACAAAGACCAGACUCUCGACCUUUGUGAGGACCCAGAAUGCUUGAAAGCGGAAAUACCCAUUAGCAGAGAUAGCGUCUCAGACCUCAAGCUUACGUCGCCCCACGUUCCAACGCAUAAUAUGUUCAAGGUCAGGACGCGGGUUCAUCCCAUAGAGCUAAAGAGGGUCUCCACAUGGGUGCGGGAAGCUCUAUCAGCUGCGAAAGCUAAAUUCGCCACUGUCGGACAAUUGCAAAGUGGCACAGAGAUUACCACGCAAACGGACCAGAAGAAUGUGAUAGCAUGCAUCAACUGUUCGAAGGAACUAAAACGGCCAUGCUGGUACUGUUUCGAAUGCAGCGAUCCGGUUUUUAUCUGUAACGAUUGCGAUGCCGAGGGGGGCAUUACCCAUGGUACUCACCUGAAGACGCACGGGUUGGUGAAAUGCCAUGCCGAUCCUGUGUCUGACGUACCGGUAGAGAAGAUCGUUGAGGCGGUCAUGAAGGAGCAGUUCACGCAGCUAAAUAGACGGUUAACAGAGCAAGAUGGCCAAAUAAACGCACGAUUUGAUCAGACGGACGGACGGCUAUCUGGACUAGAGGGACGGCUUGGUCAGGUAGAAGAACGUCUGGCAGGGAUGGAUGGACGGUUGUCUCAAGUUGAUGAACGUUUAAGUCGCAUGGAGCAGAUGAUUGAAAGAUUAGUGGGAAAGCUCAGCAAUGGAGCACCUGUUCUGUAG